UUCAUCUUCACAAUCAUUUUAAUAAAGUUAUUAUGAUUAUGAUCCAGAUUUGACAGCAGAUGUUCGUAGAGUUGAAAAGAUUUUUUUUUGGAAAAUGAAUCAAAUGGAAUACCCGUUUGACAUUAAGGUGAAUAAGUGUCAUGAUCAUGUGGUGAGAAAUGAAUUUUUAAAUCUAUUAGCCUUCUCUUACCAUUUCUGUUUUCAACUUUGAAUUUUAAAAUUAAUUUUAAAUUGAAUAUAAAAUUACUGAUUUUUAACUGCUUAAAGCUUAGAAGCAUGCAAGGUAGUUGGCUGUUUAAGAGAGCUAGUAUUGGAUUCCUUGUGACAAGCAGACUACUGGAAGUAUACACUUUCUUGUUGCCUUUUGUGUGCAGACUUAUAGCACCUUAACCAUUUUCCUUUACCUGUUGGGGGGAUGAUAAUGUAGUUAAGCCUAUUAGCUAAUAUGCUAGCCUUUCUUUGGAGUCAGGCAGAAAAUACAAAUUGAGAUAGUGGUAUUGUGUUUAGAGUGUUUUUGUGCUAGAAUAUGAGCUAUAACCACUAGUUCGUAUUAAAUAGGGCUUUGAAUAAAAGUAUUCCGGGAAUUUCAGAUAUUAGAGAAGACAAAGUAUCUAUUAGCUCAUUAAGUGCAUCUUUAGAGUCUAAUGCAGAAUGCCUUUAGCAUAAGUAUUUUCUAAAAUUUGAUGGAGUCUCCACUUUGCUUAAAUUCCUUCCGUUUUGGUUGACAGUUCUAUAAUACAGUAAGUAGACAUUAAGAGAGAUUUUCCUUAUUGUUUAGGCUUUUCAUUACAGUUCCUCACCCUCCCCCCACAAUAGAUUCUGUGAUAUAGUGAAAAGUUUCUGGAAUAGACCUUGAAGAUGUAAACUGUAGCCUGACUUUCCGCUAAAUAGCUAUAUACUAGAGAAGGCACUUAUCUCUUUGUGCCUUAGUUUCCCUCCCCACGUUUUUAAACAAUUUAUUUGCUAAUGGCUAUUUUCAAUGCAUCAGCCUUCUCUUUUACCAUUUCUGUUUUCAACUUUGAAUCUUCACAUUAAUUUUAAAUUGAAUAUAAAAGUACUUAUUUUUAACUGCUCAAAGCCUAGAAGCUUCUGAGCUAGAUGGCUAAACAUUCAAGAGUGUUAAGAUGUCUAAUGGCUGUUGAAAAUAGUAAGUGUCUGAUGGCUAUUGAAAUGAAUGUAAGCAUCAUGAAGCCAUGAGUUGUUGCCUGAUUUGUUCCUUGUUGUGUCCUCUGUGCCUCGCACAGGAUCUGUUACAUAGUAGGCACUCAAUAAAUGUUACUUAAGUGAAUGGUUUUUGGCUAAAUGGCCUCCACUUCUCUCAUUCCACACUAAUUUAUAUCUCCGUCUAUAAACAUACAUGUUUGUACUUGGAUUUCUGUUGCAUAUGUUAGAAAAAAGAUGAUCAAAGUGUCAUUUCAUGAAUCACUGUGUUUAUUGCCAUACAAGAAGAAUGUUUUCUUGGGUUCACAGUACUUAAUGAUGGGGAAGGUAACAUGGACGCACUUCACGGGGAAUACACUCAAUAGAUGAGGAACAUUAACCACAUUGUGAAUGUGUUCCAAAGCUAUUAAAGUCUCUUUGUUCCAUUAUGAUGAAGGAGGCCUCUGUGUUCAAGUGAAGGCUAAAGGUGGAAGUGUACCUUUAUAUGAGCAGUUCUUGGGAGAAGCUGGCUUGACCACCAUAGCUGAGAUUCUGAACCACAUGUUAGGCUACUCAGUGCUAGAAAGUGCUGGCUUGUGAGGUGUAAAAGCUCUGAGGCAUGUUGCACCUGAGCUGUCUGGUUUUGGAGAAGCAGCUGACAGAGAGUAGCCCUGCUGCAGUCUAAGCUCCCAAAGUGUCUGUUAAGCUCUUGAGUGUAUAUGUGUUUUGAAGUCCAGUAGUUGUGACAGUAACUCACAUAUGGAUUUUGAUAAGAUGUGAGGUAACAUUCCUGAGAUGAUGGAGAGUUCACUCCUGGAUUAAAAUACUGUGAUUGACACUAGAGUGUGUUAAAUUAUCAUGCAUAGAGUGUGUUAUUGACACUAGAGUGUGUUAAAUUAUGCACACUAGAGAGUGUGUAAAUAUCAUGUAUGCAAAACAAAACUAACCUAUUUUGCCUAGUCAUUCUAGAUAAUAAAAAUAAAGGCAGCAGAAUUGAGCUGAAGAAAAAGCUGUUAUCCAGUAAAAUUUUACCAACUGUUGGUGCUUUACAAGUAAGGUAGUAAUGCCCUUUUUACCCAUGUGAUUUCAAGGUUAAUCAUUUGUGAAUGCUUUAACUGUCUUUGCUCUACAUGUUUGUAGAAUUUAGCUUAUGAAAGUAUAUUCUGGAUCAUGCCUUAUCCAAGAAGGGUUUAGGUAAAUAUUCAAAUCAGGAUAAAAUAUAUUAUGAAAAGUAUUAUUAUGGUCUUAGUGGUAUGAUAUUUUCUUAGAAUAUCAGUUUAUGAACUGAGCUGUAAUUCCUGCAUUUAAUUGUUCUUUUAUGCAUUAAAAUUGUCUGUUAUUACAGUGUUGAAAUUCUUCUCACAUCAUUUUCAAUUAUUGUUGGCCUGAGUCUGCAUUCAGAUUAGUAAUUUAAAGUGAAACAUGUUCCUUAUCCUGUGAACAAUCCUUGUGCAUAAGAAAAUUAAUUCAGUUCUUACAUGUUAUCUUUUUCUGUUAUAAAAGAAUUGCUGGUAUCAUGGACUUAGAUGACCUUUGUAGGUCAUUUACUGCCAUAAAUUCAUGAUUAUGUGCUUAAACUAGGUAAAUUAUGAGAAAUAAAAUUUUGAAACGCCAGCAUAUAUGCUUUUUUUUAUAUUAAUACACAUUGCAACAUUAUUCUCAAUAUCCAGAAGAGCUUCUUAGCAUUUUCUCAGUAAAAUAUUGUAUCUUCAGUGUCACAUGCAUGUUUCGAUCCUGUUUGUUAUACUCUUAAUCAUUUUGCUCUGUAAUGAUCAUACAAGUGAUCAUUCUAACAAUUGUGGAUCUUUGUGCUUUAGGUCUUGUUUGCAUUAGGGGCCUCUCAGUGCAGGGCACAGGCAUCUGAUUUGAACAAGGUGAAACAUAAAGGGAAAUGUAUUCUCUGCUGAAACAAAACAGCAAGAAGAGCAGGGAUGUAUUGGGGCUUAGGGAUUAUUGGAAUAAGGGAUGUGAGCACUGCACAGCUUUCUCCAUUGGUCUGCUCUAUGUUUCUUAGCAUGUCUGCUUCAUCCUUCCACAAACUAGCUGCUUCCCUGUAGUGAGGAAUUUACCAGACUAAUAUCUUCCUGCACCUGAGCACAGUUAUGGUGACUGUUCACCUUUUCCCUCAUCUGAUUAGAAAAUUUUGGGGAGAGCAAGACUUGGCUUUCUUGUGCGCCUACCCUAUUGGCCAGAAGGUGGGUAUUAUAAGUGAUAGCCCAAGAACAUGUGCUUAGAAACAAUGAGGUGUUCUAGGCAGACAAAGUAAUAAGUGCCUGUUGUUGUUCCUUUUAUGACUUUUGGAAUAAAAGUGGUUCUAAUAGUCAGUGACUCUGAAAUGACAUGAAAUACUAGAUUGUUUCAUAUGCUGUGAAAUCUUUAGUUUUGACAUUUCUAAUUCAAAUGUUAGGGUGGAUACUUUUCAAUAAUAGGUGAAAUUCAUAUAAUUUACUUUUAUUUAUGCUAAUACAGAGUGCUGCUUCAUACAGGGAAUGGUUUGAAUAAUUGUAUACAGAUAACUAACUGCUCUGAUAUGAAUACUAUAGGAAAAUACUAUGAUUGGGGAUUUUUGUCCAUAUAAUAAAACAGUAGUUAUUGAAGUCAUCUAAAGUAGGAUCACUUUAUGAAAUAUUUUGAUAACAUGAAGACUGAAGCUAGCAACAAACAGGUCUACUUCAUUUUCAAGGGAAAAGAAUGUUUGUUUAAAUAUUUUCAUUGUAAUAUAUUGUGGGGGAACCUAAGCCAUCAAGAAAGAAUAUAAUAAUCAUGAAAAUCGGUCUUUUUAACAUGAUGGCCAUCUCGUCACAAGAGAGUAUUGGAAGAAAUCAGACCAUAACAUUUGUAGGUGUAGGGCAGAUACUGUGGCCCAUGGGCACAAAUGGCCUGCAACAUGUAUAGGGUCACAGAAUGUGUGUGUUUGGUUUUGUUUUAUUUUAAUGAGCUUCUUUUUAAAACUAGGAUGAUUUCAUCUGAAGUUCUAGAUUUCUGCCUACUUAUUUUUAAAAGGAUUUGAAAGAUAAAACAUCAGUGAAAUGGAAUAGACAAUCCAAAGUUUGCUGGAAACCAUGUCUCAUUAUACAGAUGAACCCAGAUUUACCAUAGAGCAGAUAGAUCUGCUUCAGCGCCUUCGGCGUACUGGAAUGACUAAACAUGAAAUUCUCCAUGCCUUGGAAACUUUGGACCGUCUUGAUCAAGAGCAUAGUGACAAGUUUGGAAGAAGGUCCAGCUAUGGAGGAAGUUCAUAUGGGAAUAGUACCAACAAUGUCCCAGCAUCUUCCUCUACAGCUACGGCUUCCACACAGACACAGCAUUCGGGAAUGUCCCCAUCACCUAGCAACAGCUAUGAUACUUCCCCACAGCCUUGCACUACCAAUCAAAAUGGGAGGGAGAAUAAUGAGCGAUUAUCUACGUCCAAUGGAAAGAUGUCACCAACUCGCUACCAUGCAAACAGCAUGGGUCAGAGAUCAUACAGUUUUGAAGCCUCAGAAGAGGACCUAGAUGUAGAUGAUAAAGUGGAGGAAUUAAUGAGGAGGGACAGCAGUGUGAUAAAAGAGGAAAUCAAAGCCUUUCUUGCCAAUCGGAGGAUUUCCCAAGCAGUUGUUGCACAGGUAACAGGUAUCAGUCAGAGCCGGAUCUCUCAUUGGCUGUUGCAGCAGGGAUCAGACCUGAGUGAACAGAAGAAAAGAGCAUUUUACCGAUGGUAUCAGCUUGAGAAGACAAACCCCGGGGCUACACUAAGUAUGAGACCAGCCCCCAUUCCAAUAGAGGACCCUGAAUGGAGACAAACACCUCCCCCAGUCUCUGCCACAUCUGGUACUUUCCGACUACGACGAGGGAGUCGAUUUACCUGGAGAAAGGAGUGCCUGGCUGUUAUGGAAAGUUACUUCAAUGAGAAUCAAUACCCAGAUGAAGCAAAGAGGGAAGAAAUUGCAAAUGCUUGCAAUGCAGUUAUACAGAAGCCAGGUAAAAAACUGUCUGAUCUGGAAAGAGUUACCUCCCUGAAAGUAUAUAAUUGGUUUGCUAACAGAAGGAAGGAGAUCAAGAGGAGAGCCAAUAUUGAAGCAGCAAUCCUGGAGAGUCAUGGGAUAGACGUGCAGAGUCCAGGAGGCCACUCCAAUAGUGACGAUGUCGAUGGGAACGACUACUCUGAGCAGGAUACUUGGCAAGUACGCAAUGGGGAGGAGGAGGAGGGAAGAAGUUCAGAGGGAGGCAGAGAAGCAGAGAAGGAUGACAGUACGAGCCAUAGUGACCACCAAGACCCCAUCUCAUUAGCUGUGGAAAUGGCAGCAGUCAACCACACUAUCUUGGCAUUGGCCCGACAAGGAGCCAACGAAAUCAAGACAGAGGCCCUGGAUGAUGACUGAUCAGGGAGGUUAAACACGACGAGUUAACUUAGUUUAGACGUAGCACCUUAGCAGACUUUCCUCGGUCCUUAACAUGUGUUCUUACAGUAUAACUUGCAGUUUCUUGUAUGUCAGGUAGCCGUUAGGGUCUUGUUCUGUGAAGAUGGCAUGGUGCCCUCAGCCUUUGCAUAUACUCUCUCAGUAUUAAUUCCUAGUAAAUAAUAACCAACCAACCAACCAACCAAACUUCCCUCUCCCAGCCCCCGAGGCUAGAACAUCUUGCUGCUCCGUCUUAGCAUUCCAAGAAAGUGCUUCCAGGUAUUUAGAUAGCCCUCAGUUCUCAAUUAUUAGGCUACGUGUAAAAUCUUGGGUACCUUUAGAUUCUUGUAACACUAGUCUGUACCCCCUUUUCCUUCCCCAAGACUGAUAGGAUGCAAGCUGAGGUCGUGGCACAGGAAUGACAGACACCAUUUGGGGAGUAUCCACAGAGUCAGAGGAACACUAGAACCCCCACCUCAGCGUGAGGAUAAUUGAUUUCCAGCUGCAAUAAGCCGUGCCUCAUUAUAGCCACGCUGUGGCUAGAUUAUACUUCUUGGGUGCUGUGCUAAGAAUGUCAAUGGAAAAAGUCAAUCUCACAUUUUGUUUGAAGUUAACAUGCCUGACACAGACAUCCUUUUCUCUCACAAGCUGUGUGACUUAGUAGAUAAAAUACUGCCUUCUGCCUUUGGGACCAUGAUUAAAAACAAAAACUAAAAGUCAUAAAAAAAAAAACAAAACCCAGCUUGAGAGCAUUGGGAAAAAAAAAUAAGAGCUGAAUGUCUGAUGGAUGCUAAAGUCCAGUUUUCAGAACCACUGCACAUUCCGCGGCACAGUUAGCAGUGCCUGCCUGGAAAAGUUUUGGAGGUCAUCGUGGAAGUUGCUUUGCCUCCUGUCGGUGUCCCCUUUCCCUGCUACCAAAAAAAUCUUUCAAGGAUGGAGCUAAGGUCAAAAACGAGUGAAAAAACUUGCAGUGUUUGUAUCCAUUAAACUGAAGCCCCCUCAAUCUGAGAGGUCACUAGAAGACUUCAUAGUGGGGUCAUGCUGCCUGUCACAGAUGCAGACGCUUGCCCAGAUAGGAGCAGAGAAAAGCAGGGGACGCUUCCCACUCACAUUGUGGCUGUACCAGAACAACAGGAUGGGACUGCUUUGCUGUUCUCUUUACUCUGUCCUUGGAGAGAUGUGAAAAGCUGUAUUGCUACAGGCAAUUUAUUUAAUAAUUGGAAGCCAUAUUGAUAAUGGAUGUGGUAAUAUUUGUAAAGUUUAAUCUACUUUAAGCGGCAGUAACUAAUGGAAUUUUUUUCCUUGAUCACAUAUGUAGCACUUUUGUUACUUUUUAAAGAUAUUUAUAUUUGAUAAAUCUUUUUUUCAUUUUGAGAACUCAAAAAUACCAAACAGUGAACUUGUGUUCUAAAGUCACCCUGUGAUCACCUUGUCAUCUAGUAGCAAAAUGAUGAACUAUUCAUGCAUCAAAGAAAAUUACAUCUGCUGGCCUUGUAUGAAAAUGAUCUCUUGGCAUCCCGAUUAAAUGACACACUGUCACUGUGGGUAAGAGGAAAGAGCCUUCAAUGUAGCAGCACAGGGUGCAUCUGAAAGAGGCACAACUGCUAUGUAUUUUCUGCCUCAUCCGGUCCCUGCUGUGUAGAACGAAGCCGUGUUUAAAGGGGACUGUGGGUCUGGCUGUUACGUGGGGCUUCUUUCUGUCCGUUACCUGAAAACAAUUUCUAAGACAGAAGGAAGGUGCCAUUUCCUUACCUCUUCAGCCAUCCUCCUCUACCAAAUGUAUUCAACUUAAAACUAUGAGAGACUGAAUGACCUUCCUCGAUUUUCCCUUUCUCAUUCAGGAGAUACCGAGUAUCCGCCAGUUUCUAUCUGACCUUCUUCCACUUCAGGCACAUGCUGACUGCAUCAUUUCCUUAUCUGUUAAUCGUGCUUAUGUGAGUGUGAGGCGAGUCUUUGCGAGAGCAUGAAAGUGCCACCUUAUAUAUGUCUGUGACUAUAAAGAGCUAUAUGCAGGGCCUGCUCCUGCUCUUGUCCAUGGAUUUCAGGGGGAAAAAUAUAUGUACUUUUUCCAGCUUCCAAGCAUUGAAGUAAAGCAGAGCCAUCUCUUCUGUUUUACUGUAUUACUUGAACCAACAAAUUUAAGAGUAGCAUUUGUUAUUCUCAGGAAUGAGCCUCCCUUUCCCCUCUCAUAUUCUUUCUUGGUCUAUCUGACUUUUUAUUUCAAUUAGGAGAUUGCGUUAUCUUUCUUCCCUUUUAUUUGGCUUAGAGGAAAUAUUUCCAUUUUGGUGGAAUUUUGUCUGCUUAUUCUCAAUUGAAUCGGAAAGAACAAGGAGACAGAGAAAAAAAUCUACUCUCUGACAAGCCACAUUCAUGAUUGAUUGUAAGGAGAUUAUUAUAAUCGAUAGCUUCUUUAUGAUGGGAUUGCUAGUAUCAUUUGUUCUUGCUGGUCUUUUUAAAGGAACAGACUCAAACUGUUAAGACAGCUGCAGUUGCUAAAGAAAUACAAAGAUUGCCAUAGAAGCACUAAAAGGUUUCAUUGUUUUAACACCUAUAAGGGAGGAAAAAAGCUUCAGAGAAUAAAGGAGUUGGGAGUCCAUGAAGGGUGGUACCAGGCCCUAUCUGGCAAUGUGGUAUAACUGAAAGAACAUUUGUGCCACUGCAGGAGAAUGUCCUGUAGCGCUCAGUGGGAACAGGAUGAAGGCAUUUUCCACCCACAGUCAUCGUCGUCUUUGGAGAAGACCCACUGCCUUACAUGUCACCUUUGCUUUUUCAUCAGGAGUGAAAGUUUACUUCCUUUGGGCCUAGAUUUAAAUCUGUCGGUUUUCUGUUUGUCUUGUCCAGGCCACCUUAGUUCUUCUAAUGGUGUGUGGCACUGCUCCUCUUACAUUCCUAGUAUCUUUAGGUAGUAUAUUUCUUGUAAUCUUUUUCAGGUUUUAGAGGUGGAAUUAAAAGAGACACCCUAAACUUCCUUGUUACUGAAGGGAAAGCAGCCAGUCUCUAAAAACUCACGCUGUGUGCUUCUCGGUGUCUGUGCCCCUCCCGUCGGACUUCUCUCCCUCCUUCAGGCCCUGGGGACUCCGCAGGGGUGGCUCCUUCCAGUCAGGAAGACUUUGAAAAGUCCUUUAAAGUGGUGGGGGGACCUUGCCAACAGGUAUUCAUGUAAUUUGUUAUUUCUUUAAAGACACUUUUAAUUGAAUUACUAUUGUCAGAUGGGUAAACUUCCAGCCUUUAAAAACACUGACACAAGCACCUUUUAAAAUGGGUCAUCUUGAUGAGAUCUGCCCAUCUGUUGAUCACCCCAACAGCAGAUGAAGGCUGGGGAGGGCAACACCCUGCAUUCUCAUCUCAAGCCUUCAGUGCCAUUCAGUCCCAUAUGGACAUUUUGGUUUCUUUCAGCAAAGUUUAAAAAGUUGGAAUACCCUUAUGGCAAUUUUCUUUACAAUCACAAUCACAAUUCUUUAUGUGGUUAGUAAAGGUAGUUGCCUCCCACCCACCUAUGACUUUGAACAGUCCCCACCCCUGUCACUCACAAGGUCAGUCCUCCCACCCCACCCCCAUAUUCACAUUCCCAUGGCCCCUCACAGGAAGAAGGAACCUGGGGCAGAGAGGAGGAAAAUCGUCAAUACUAAAGUGUGCAUGUCAAGUUCUCUAGUUCUUGGUAGAUUUAUGCUGCCAGCCAGUUCAGUGAUCACCACCACCUAUGUUAGGUCCAUGUACCCAGAUAUAUUUUACCUCACAGGAGAUGACUGAAGAAUUCACCAAUAUAAUUGUUUCCCUUCUGCCUGUUUAACGCUUGUCUUUAAGAAAUACUGGCUUUAGAAACUUCUCCCUUGGGUAUCAACCAUCAGGCACCAAGUAUAAACACACUCAUUGCUGCAGGAGUCUCCACCCUUAUGCUAUCUGUCCGAACAGCUUCUCUUCUCUCUCCCUCUGACUAAGUCUUCAGCUGACUUCUUUGCUAGAAUUUUCUAAUCUUGUUAAAGCAGGGAGAAGUAGCUGGGUGUGGUCCAUCUCUUCACACAAACACUCCUCCUCGUCUUGACCAGCUACAUAUUCCACUGACCAGCAUGAUCAUCUCUGCCCUCAACUGUGGGAAUGAUCCCUUUUCCACAAAUGUUCUCCCUCCCUCCCAUCCCUGUCCUACAAAUGUGAACUCUUAAGUCUUUACUAUCUGGUCUUAAGAAGAGUUUGGUUAGAAGCAGUCUUCCCAUUUAAUUUGUGGCUCUGCCUUUUGAAAUUGCUUUUUGUCUUUUGUUGUUGAGAGAAAAACCAGCGUGUUUUCUUCCCCAGAUGUCUCCACAGAUUCUUAGGCAAUAAUUUUUCUUGUUGAUGAUCCCAUGCUCAGUACUACACUACACUGAAGAACCCAACCCACGCCAUUGUGUGCUGGUUUCUGUGUCAGUCUCUGUGACCUGAAUCAUGUCAGAGUGAUGAUAGAUUUUGUCAUUUCGUUGUGAUUGUUAGUCAUGUUUUACUACUGUAUUUCUUGGGGGCUGCGCUGAGACCACCCAAAUCCAUUUAUAGCUUUGCUGAGCCGGAUUGAUUUGUCAAGAUUUCCCAGUGAAAGUUGGGCACAUUGCCCAGCUCCUGCUGUAUCUUUGGAGAGUGUGGCAUGGGGUGGGGGGAUGUCCUGGGGCAGGGGUGGGAAUGACACACAGAAGGCGUUUUACUUUUUUUUUUUUUUUUUUUUGCGUGUAUUCAUUAAAUAGCAAGGAUGUUUCCUUGGAAUUUGGGGAUCAUGUCAGCCAUGUUGAAUUUGGCAAACUGAGCUGCAUGCCCUGAAAGCCGUCUUACUGUUUCUUCAUUUCCGUAUUAGGAAUACCUGAGUUAUCCAAUGUCGUGUUCCCCGAGAGUGGAAGGCUUUCCUGGAGAAGCAGCUGCGCAUGGCCAGGUCAGCUGUCCGGAUGUCACGUGGUGUGCGGUCAGAGCAGAGGGCCUUCCUUUUCCUGUAAUGUGCUGUUACUUCUUUAUGCAUGCUUGGUUUCAAAGAUGACUGUCACUUUAAAAGAAAGAUUUCCUUACCACUCUCCAGAAAACUAGCACACUAAGGUGGUAGGAAAGGCUUCUCAGAUGCAAGCCAACAAGUCAGUUUUCUGGUGACGGAAAGUCCUCUCACAUACAGGUUGUGUUUGGAAAGGGUGUUCUCAGCUCUAUUUAUAAACUGCAAGUGAUAAGCUACUGUCUUGUGACCUCCCAGGCCAGUGGUUGACUCACUCAUCUCAGAAAGGUAACUUUGUUCAGAUCUACGUAUAAUUUUCAAACCUGGAAGUCUGUAUAUUGAGAGUUUCAGUAUUGGCUUUGUUAUUCUUUCUUGGUGAGGAUUAGAAAUCGCAUCAAAAAGCAAGCCAAGAAUCUGAAAGCUCCAGUCUCCUUUAACACUGCCUUGGUUUUAAAUCAAGACGGGAAGAGACACAUGAGGGGAGGAGGGAAGAUUUGCCGGCUUCUUAUCUCAAUGACGUAGAUGCCUCAGGAUUACAGGCGUAUGGAUCCCUGAGCCUCUUUUUAGUCAUUCUUCCUCUGACAUUCGUGGCAGAACUGAAUUUAGUUGAUUCUGUUCACGUGAAACGUGACAUGCAUUUUGACACCAUGAGACAGUUGACCACCCACAUGCCACACCCACUGUCUCUCAUCAGCCAGCCUCCUAACCGCACCCAGAGGGGCACAGCUGCAGGGGCGCCGCACCUUCCUCCUCUCCUGACACUCCUUUCCCGUGGCUGGUCUGCGGGUUGGUCGGCCCCGGUCUGGACAGCUGCAUCCGCUGCUGCUCGGCUGCCCUCCGUGUGGUCGGUGCGGCUGGCGUGGGGAUGCGCAGCCCAGCUCAUACUUGAGAAGUCUCGGGAUGCCGGUUCCCUGGACUCCCCAUUUUCAUUUUCUCUUUUCUUUUAAGUAAGAGUGGCUCUGUAUAGCCAUAAUUAACUCUCCAAUUCACAUUGGUGUGAUGUGAUCAAAUGAAGGUUGGGCUGAAUCUUUUCAAAUUGUAACCAUGGUAAUUGAGGGGGGUGGCAUAGAAUGAAUAUAUAAAAAUACAAUGGCAAUUGUUCUGAAUGACUGAGUGUCCUUCUGACAUGUAAUUAGCUGUUUUAGCAGGAUGUAGAUUGGCAUGGUCAUAAUUAAAAGGAUUUCUGUCCUUUAUGUGACUGGAAAUGGCAGAGCUCCCAUCUCCUGUUCCCUCUUAGCGCACUAAUGCUCCCGAGAACAUUUGGAACAGCAACUCCGUAAACUAAGAUAAUGACAUGGUGCUCGUGUUCUCCCCUUAGUGAAAGAGAAGGAUUUGGAGUUGUUUCAGCUUCAAAAUGGAAGCCUUUGAUUAUUGUUCCCAAUUUGACUUCUAAGUUCUUUGAAACGUCACUCACAUCCAAUUCCAACUUGCCUCACCUCUGGCAGAAACCACAGUCAGGACCCUAGAAGGAGCCCCUCUGCCUGGACCCCAGUGCACUCCAGCCCAAGGGCUGGCCCGCUCAGAGCCCUUGCUGACCUAACUCAAGGAUAUUGCUGCUUCCUGGGCUCCCUGUGAUCUUCAGAUUUCCCUUGGUUGCUUGAUCUUUCCAUUGCCAUCACUAUCGGAAAGCAUUUCCCAAAGAGAAAUUUACAGAAAAUUGAAUUUUCCUCAUUGAAUCCUAGAACUCAGAGCAGACAACAUGACAGGACACACAUAACUAACACAGGCGAUAAGCAGGCAGGGGCGUGAACGGAGUGCUGUUCACUACGUCUGAAGCUGCUGGACAGAGCACAGGACAAGUGUCUGCCCGCUUCUCUCACACCCCUCUUACUUGGCAGCUGCCCCAGCCACCGGCACUGCGGCCACCCUGAGUCUUCCUCACUGUUCUGCUGUCCCCUGUGAGCCUCUCCCCGGCGCUUGAGCCCAUGUUCUCUCCCUCCCGCCCUUCCUCUCUCUUCCAUGCUCCCUGUCGCACUGAGCAUUGCCGUACAUGGUCCCUGACCAUGGUCCCCUGUUCGUCUCCUGAAGUGUCACACUGGAUAGGAGCUGCUGAGUCACCAACUUACCUUUCCCUAGAAUUUGGUUUUAUUUCCCCAUCAUUUGCAGAGGUCCUUAUUCAAUUAUAUGAUCAAGAGUGAGUCUACAAGAAUAUCAGCACCCGACACAGUGACAAAUGGCCUUUCGUAAGCGGUUUCAUGCCCUGAGGCCCACACUUGUGCUGGGUGAGCCCAGGACCAUGAGCCUUUUCUUUUCCAGGUCUGAACACUCCUGGAUUGGUUAGGCUAGCCACUGGAGAGAAUAUGGCUCUGGCCUUUCUUCAUGUUUUGCUGCUUUUCUUUGUACAAAUCUUUCCCCCUCCACGUACCACAAGGAAUCCUAACCUAGUUGAAAUGCUAGUUGCAAUUCAGUCUCAUGAGAAUGCUGAAAUAGGCUGCUGAAUUAAAACUAAAAUUGUCCUCUUCCCUGAAAACACACACACCUAGAGAAUGUAGGGAAAGGCUCUUAGGCCUUUGGAAUCUUCUUGUAUUUUUAUUCCCAACAAAAUAUCUACAAAGAAAUGUAUAGUAUUCCCUCAGUAUUCCUCCUCCUGCAGGCUCUGAAAGCAGCCUCAUUCCCACCCAGCCCCUGCACACCUGCUUGCAAGAUCCCUGCGUGCAGUCAUGGAGACUGUUUUCUUUGGGAUCCUAUCAGUCUGUAUGACAACUGGAAUGAUCACAGAUUUACGACCCCAAAGGGUAGAGCAUCCCUUUUCAUAUUUUCCCAGCUGCUAAAAGAUGACUAUCUCCAUUAGAAUUUAGAAUCCGUCUUAAGAUUAGAGAUGGUAAGAACUGACUGGAUGAGUCUAAUUCUGUGAUUUGUGAGACAUGCAUUGAAACCGCCAGCAGAACAUUCUGAUGAUCCACCUACAUUCAAAGAGAACAGAAUUCACACCACAGUUAAAACCUUCUAAUGGAGCCACUGUCUUAGGGAUCAAGUUAUUAGAGGUGCUGCUUCAGGGAUGGUGCUACUUCAAAAGAACCAAAGUCAGAGAGGCACCUCCCUUCCCAAAUGCUUCUGCAGGCCACUUUGCUGAUCCAGAAAACCCCGACUAUCUAUUCCUUUACCAGCAGCCCCGCCCUUUCCCUAACAACAACACAACCCAACCUACCAGAAUCACUGAAAAUCCAAGCAACGCUUAGCCAUGAAAUACAUAGUUUUUGAAUAAAAACCUCAGCAGUCAUUCUUGUAAGAAACUAAAGAUGCCACCAUUGUAAAUCAUGAUGCUACAGAGAUAAAUGCACAGGUCUUCUGAGCACCCCAAAGUCAAGACAACGCAGCCGAUGUUUCCUGAGCACGUACUGUGUGCUGGGCCUGUGCACUGCCUCAUGACCCGACACCACGCAAGUCACCUGGCCCACGGCAAGGCAAGUCUCCCCUCAUUUCUUCAUUUCAGUAGGACAUUCAUUAUCAAAGAAUGGACCACAUAUACAGUGGUCUGCCUCUCUGAACACUAACCUGGUUUGUUUUCUCAUGCGGCAGUGCCAGGUAGCCCCCCAGACGCACUGUGGCAUCGCCCCCUCUGUGAGCUGAAUUCCCUCCUUGAGGGUCUGGAUGCCACAGCCCCUCCAGAGUCUUCCUCCUUGGUCAGCGAUGAGGACAGGAGUGCUGGGAGGUACAGCAGCAGUGGACAGGGUGGGAAACCUGUGUGCUGAGCACCCCCUACCUGCGGUUAGCCAAGGCACAGAUAGGAAACCUGUUUGCGCUUCCCGUCUUCUCUCUCUAGCUCUUGUAGCACUUACCUGGUCGUUCCUUCGGGGUUCCCGCUGUCUUCUGGAGCUUUUGGCUAGCCCCUCCUGCUCUCUGGAAACUGAAGCUCUGGGGCUCUGGAAUUAGAUGAGUGUCUGCUCUGCCGCAGGCCUCCCUGGCUCCUCAUGGGUCCUGACUGCCAAGAAAUAACAGUUGCUGGAGACACACCUUGAUUUGGGCUCAGCAUAAGAACUUUCUAGUACCCAGAAUCUAGCCGAGGCACAAGCUCCUUCAAGGUAGAGGUCUGGUCCCUGUCCUGCCACGUCGAACUGUGGUGACUUGUCAGGGACAUUGAACAGGGACAUGGGCGCCAAGCUGACCUGAUCAGCUAACUCAAGGUCUGUGUUUCUUCCCCCCUCUCCUUGUCUACCUCUUUUCCGUCAAACCUAAGUGGCUCUCUAGGGCUUGGCUUUCUCAUGGUCCCUCUCUUCUGAUCUUCUCUGCCCUGUCUUGGGCAUCUUGGAACCACCCCAGAAGCAAGGCCACAGCUGUGGACUGGUCCCCCAUGAGAGUCUCCCUGGCUCGAUGGCCCCAUAAUAGGUACAUAGUUACAUUAUUAUCCAACCUCUACUCCCUAAAAGACCACCUCAGUUUGAAGGAGAAAGGUAGGUGUGUCUUGCAUUCUGUUAUCAGUCCAGAUUUGGCAUCUGGUGGCUGGGGUGCCAUUGGGAUUUUGGAAUGGGAGCAGUUCAGUUCCUCCCUAGGAAGGCGCUCACAGCUUUCACAAACUGCUGUCUGUGGCAGUGAUGAGUCACCCAAUUUGUGUUUCAAAGUUUAUUCCUUCCUCCCUUUAGGACUUUUUCAACUUCCCGUCACUUCAGGCUGAGUGUAAGUUUCAGUCAUGUAUCAUGGCUUCCUUUGAGCACAGAAACCUCUCCUUUUCUUCCAUUAAUGGAACUAAGAUCCCAGCAUAAACUUGUGAGAGUCAUUUUUCCACGUCGUCAUUCGCUGGAGCUAUGAAGCCAGAACACGGAAUGGCGUUAGUGUCAUAUUAAUGUAAGCAGCAGCCACUCUGGUGACGUUCCAUUGAAUUCUUUUUGUUCUCACACCAGAUUCACGGGGUCAGGCAGAGUUUAGAGUGGGCUGCAUGGAGCCGCGCUCAGCGGUGGCUGCUUUCAAGCAGCAUUGCUUUUUGCCUUGAAACCACAUUUCACAAUGUUAUAAUCAGUGAGCCCCUUAAUCCUGCAUCUCUGAAAAUGGGCACCACAAAACCAAAACCAAAGUUCAGGGCUGGGGAGUGGGGCUUGUCUCUCGAAGCACUGGGAGCUGGGGCGGGUGUCCCCUGACGGCGCCUCGGUUUCAAUGAGACAUUCGGAAGGGCCUCCUCUUUUCUUAGCAGCUGCCUCACGUUUACUCUAGAAAGCAAGCAUGUGCAGCCUGUGCCUCCUCGACCCACGGUGGGCGUCUAGAGCAGGCCCUGGGAGCCACGUCUCCUCCCAGCCUCUCCCUUGGGGGCUAUAGAGCGCGGUCACAGGAAGGUCUCUGCCGGGCCGAGCCCCUGGACCCUGAGCCAUCACAACAUUGGCAUCCUCGGACAUACCUAGGCUGCAAGGCAGGACACUCCCCCUGCUCAGAGAUGCCAGGCACGCCAGCGUUGCCUCCCCUAGAAGAGCCCACAGCCUUCUCUGACCUCCCCGCGGGCUCGCCUUCCCUUCCAUGGCCAUGGUCACGUUGGGUAUGCAGUACCUUUCAAGGAUAGAUUUUUAUUUAUGUUUUUUAAGUGCCUAAGCAAGUUACAGACCUCUGGAACCUGCCAGAGAGUGGGCCUGUGCCCUGUCCCCAUCCCUCCCCACCCUGCACUGGCCCUUGAGGGUGGGCACAGGGCGGCUGCCCCUCUUCAGUGUCCCUGGUGUUCUGCAGGCAGAGCAAGGCAGGGACAAGCUAGCGGGAGAGAUCACAGCCACGUCAGGCUGGCUUUGUCACUGUUUUCCAGCAUUUCUUUCAUUAGGGCUGUUUCUGUUUAUAUGGGUUUGGCCUUGGUUAAUAGAGAAUUUAAGAGUCUGCUUAGGGAAGUCUCAGUAGCCAUUGAGUAAGAAGACAGGAGAGCAAGACAGCUUCAGCGGCAUUCUGGCUCUGGCUUUGGUAGGAGCUGGAAAAUGUCCACAUCCAAGAGGGCGAAGCAUCGAAUCACCCUAGCUCAUCAGCCUGCUGCCGCCCCUGCCAGCGUGAGCCACAGGAGCCCCAGCUGCCUUUCUGAGCCCUCUCUUCCUAGACUAGAGAUCAGGGUGUCUGCUCACAAGGGCUCGGGAAGUCCAGCAGUCUGGCGUCCAGAUCCAAAGUGUGUCUUUGGAAAUGAAUGUGAGAGUAUUUGUUUGCUUCUUUUCUAAAAAAUCAUUUAAGUCUGACCUAAAUACGGGGCCUUUAUUCUGUGCUGGGUGUACGACGGAUUAUUUCGUGACUGCACUCUGUUCAAAUCACAUCACUAAGCGGCGCUCAGAUGAUUUGUUGGUGCAUUAAAAGGUUUUGCAAAAUGGAACAAUCCAUACCCAGGCACUUUAUUUUCAUUAAUAAUCCAGCAUUUUUGUUCAGACAAUGUAAAAACCCAAACACUGGGUUUCACAUUUGAUACGUGGGCAAACUUGCCAAUGAACUGUGACCUGAUAGGGAAGGCGGGCUGAUGAAGGUGAUCCAAUGGGAGGAUAGUGCUGUGGUCAUGAAAAUGAGGCUUUUCUGUAGCAUGUCAGCCAACCCAGACCCUAGGCAGUACGUCGUCCCUCAGUUCUCCGGAUGCUGUUUUUGCAGGUUCUACCAAGUGCUUGUCGAUUACCCUAGGUGUAAUUGUCUAGGGAAGAGCUGAAUGUAAGUGAGGGUGCAGAGCACUGGGCAGGGCGACAGUGAAAUGCAGUUAGAGGCAGCAAGAGAGUCCCGGUUUGUUCUCACGUAACUGGACUUGAACGCUCCAGCGCAAGCAGAGUGCUGGGGUGGAUUCCACUGCUGAACCACGGCAGCUCGGCUUUACUCCUCAGCGUGGGCUGGGAACCAGCUGCGCAGCAAGUUAGGAAAUGGAAAGCAAGCGUAGUGGCUAUAGUCUCGGCGGAUAUCCCGGAGCAGAUGCCUUGGGAUUGCCUGAAGUGUUUAGCGUCCACCAAAUAGUCGAAUUUCUAAGAUGGGCCAUGCGGGAUCCCUGCCACAUGGGCGUGGGGGCAGCGCGCCCCUCCCUGCCUCGGCUGCUGUGUGUCUUAGUCUUCGCGUUUCCCCUUGGCGUCUCCUCUGGUCCCUGUCCAUUUGUGCGCCAUGUGUCCCUGAGGGCGAGUCACACCUGUGUCUGAGUCUGCUGUAAGGUGUUCAGUCUACCUCAAGGGGUCAUCAUGGUAAGCUCUGUCCCACGGCAUCCUCCGCCCAUCGCCACACACACUGGAAUGUAUCCCCCCCCAUGCCCCAUCCCUUCGACAACCUCUGACCCUGUCUUUCCUGUUAUCACCACGAACUCCUAGUGCAAAUUGGAUGCUGCUUUAAAUGUGAAAACAAUUGUUCAAAAGCUAUAAAACCUGAAUGAAAGCUGAAGCUGAAUUUAUAAGCCUUGUUGCAUAUGAGCCAAAAGUGCAAAAAGCUCUAUAUAAUGAACUAACCUGCCACUCGUAUAAAUAUAAAUAUAUAUAAAUAUAUUAAAAUCAGACUGUUCUACAAAAUUGUGUAUUUGUAUUUUUGUGUACGUACAAUUUUCUGCUAAGCAGAAGGAGGAUGUAGUAUAGGAUGCUGUGAGAAGAGAUUUGGUUUAAUCCUAUUUCUUUGUUACUUAUUUUUGUUAACAUCAGAUGCCUGUCUUUGUCUUCUAUGUGUAUGACACUGUGUGGAAAGCUGCAGUAUCUCUCUUCCUGAGGUCCAGAGUCCAUUAAAGAAUAAGCAUGGGGCUUAGAGUUGUUUUGGCCACUGAACACAGGUGAGCCAACAGAGUUCGGCUCCCGUAUGCGGUGCAGUGUGGCCUGGAGCUGCUUGUGGUCCUGUGGGACGGAAAGAAAGGGCCCCCCACUUCAGGCUGGUCACUGUAUUUUGACUUCCCUCUGGGAAGCAAAAUCUCACUUGUAAAAAUCAACUUCCAGGACAAAAGAUGAUCUGAUGCCACUUUUCUGGGUCUACCAAGAAGGGACACAGAUCUCUCUGAACUUUGCAACAGGCCCUUAUAUUUUGGGGCCAGAAGUUUGCCCAGAAAGCAGCAGGUAGCCCUGCCUGGCUGAAGCCUGGCUCAUCGGCCACCCUUGGGCUUCAUCUCCCUCCUCCGAGUAGUUGCUGCCUUCUUCAGAUCAGGUAACCACAACGCCUCCCCGCUGCUGAUGCUUCAUCCCCACACCUCCAGCCCCAGUGACCUGGAGCUUCUCAGAACCCACUUUGCUGGUGCUAAAACACAAGAGGGGGUGAAAGUGGCUGCCAGUAAUGGCCAGAAAGCAGCCACCAGAGGCCACGCUGAAAGACAAGCUCUGGGUGCCCAGGGGCUGACAGGCCAACCACGCGGCCGGUCCCAGGCCCCACCCACUGCUGCCCUAUGCCUCUGAGCUCCACGGUGGCCCCUCUCCAUGGGAACCUCCUCUAGGGAGAGCGAUACUGCACCUUCACCUGUAGGACUCAUCUUUAUAACAAUGUGUAAUGGCUGUAGCAAAAAGCCCUUGUUUCUAGAUGUAAAUGGUCCAAGAAACAAGCGCUCCAUUGUAUUGAAUAAAAUAGUUCAAAUGAGUCCUGUAUCAUUGUAUCUCCUAUUCUGGAUUAGUGCCUUUUGGACAGUAGACUGUUCUGUAAUUAAAAUGUAGUAUACUGCUUUUUUGUACAGUUUUGUUUUAAUAAAACUUUUUUUUAAUUUGUGUUUAUUUUAGUAUUGUACCUAUUAGAGAAUAAAAUGUAUAAC